AUGAGUUAUCGAUAUAACUUGGUAGAUAUUGAGCGGGAAGAGAAAUCUGCAGGCACAGGGGCUCUUUACAAGACCACAGCAUGUUAUCUUCUUCUGGUUUGCGUGCUUUCAACCGCAUUUUUCGCAGGGAGAUAUUCCAUCAUCAGGGCAGUUAACCCAGAGACUACACAAGAGCUGCGACUCGAUACCCUACUCCAGACUUUUGAAUACAAUAGAACAUUUGGGGAGCCUCCUUCGAAUGUUUCCGAUGAAGCAUGGAGAAGUGUCUUUCCUUCUCAUGGUGGAUUUUUCAAACAUCCUCGCUUGGCACCUGAACGGUCUGCAUUCUCCGUUUACCAUCAACUACAUUGCUUGAAUUCUCUUCGAAUUGGGGUAUGGUCAGUGUACAACGAACAUAACAAACACUCGACCAUGGAGCUAGAGCAUGAGCAUGAAAGCGGCUUUAUGAUGAGCCCUUCUCAUUUGCGUCAUUGUAUCGAUCUUCUACGUCAAAGUAUAAUGUGUCGGCCGGACUUAACAGUCGAGAAGAAAAACGAAGAGCUUGGUGGAGUGACCGGAUUUGGUACGGAGCACCAAUGUAAAAACUGGGAGCAGCUUCAACUCUGGACAUCGCAGUGGGAAAAUUUUGAACCAGUAUAG